AGUUCAAAAAUAAAUUGUACCGUAUACUUGACACGGAAAGAUAUUUGCUUUACAUUGUAUGUUAUUUUGGAGAUUAAUAAUGUGCCCAAGUGUCAACUUGAUCAGCUUUCCAUGCUAACCUCGCUAGCAUCUCAUUUUACAGUAUGUCUAAACUGCAACAUCUGAAUGCCCGUGUGGCGAAGCUGCUAACACAAGCAGUUUAUGAAGUUUUGGAUGCUGUGAAAGAGACCGUGUCUGAGUAUCAAGAAAAAACUGCUAGAACACUAAGGGAAAACGAGAGUCUAAAACGAAGACUGCAAGAGCUCAAGGAAGAGAUUGCCCAAGAGAGAUUGAGACUCAACUCUGACCACAUCACAGAGAAUAAUCUUCCUCAAAACCAUAUAGCUGGUCAUUCCCACACUGAGCAGUGGGAAUGUGGCAGCAAGUCUUACAAUGACACAAAGAGAGAAGAGUCAAAUGACACAAUUACCUCUCCAACCCAGUCUCCCACAGAAGUCUUUGAGUCGCAAGUAGAUGAUGGGACUUGUGUUAAAGAAGAAGAUAUGAGCCGCACAGCGCCAGUCUCCAGUAAUGCAAACCAAAGUAUAAAUCCCACACCAGCUACAAAUAUGGGUACAUCAAAGUCUGGAGGAAUAACUGAAGCCAAUCUGUCUAUUGUCAAACAAGAACCAAGAGCAUUUGAGACUAAAGACUCUUCCUCCUGUGUGAAUUUAAGUUACAACUCCUUUCAUCAAACAUCUAUUGAACUAGCCAGAGCACAGGUUAUUACUGAAGUUUCUCAACCACCCUUACCUGCCUAUUCCAGUCUGGUAAUGUCUAAAGGGAUCACACAUACAAAUGGGAUCUCUUUUGAUGUGACCAACGGCAGAAGGGGGAGUUUUCAAUCAGAAGAUCUUCAUGUAUGUAUAGUUUGUGGGAAGACGUUUAGCCGAGUGGGAAACUUAAGAAUUCACCAGCGGUGCCACACAGGAGAGAAGCCCUAUGGUUGUAUACAGUGCGGUCGGCGUUUUACUCAAGCGGGUGACUUAAAAAAACACAAGAGGGUUCAUACAGGAGAAAAACCCUAUUUUUGCACUCACUGUGGCAAAAGUUUCAGUCGGAGGGAGAACUUAAAAAGACACCAGAGAAUCCACAUUGGAGAGACACUGAGAUUACAGCAAGUAUGGAGAGAGCCACCAAUAUAAUGAAGUGUUAUUAUCAGAAUGUCAGCCCCACAGAUUCUAAUAUUCUCCUUUGUUCUCAAAAUCCAAGCUGAACAGUAUAUUGAUAAAACAUUAUAAUUCAAAUUCUGAUUAGAUAAUAAAAUAAGAGCAGUCUGUGCAACCAUGGUGGCAUAUUAGUUGUGAUGAUACUGUCUAGUGAGAUGACUUAUUUUGUCAAGCUACAUAAUUAGGUCUAAUGUUGUCCUGUACUUGUUUUAAAUGGAAGAAACAUGUAAAAGAACCAAAGGGUACCUAGGCAACAUCAGUUUUCCUAUAUUGUAUAGAAAUUUUCAGUGAACUAUUUAAUAGACAAAUGGAAUAGUUUGAAAAGGUUUGAUACCUUAUCUGUUCUUUUUUUUUUUUCUGGAAGGUGCCAACUUUAUUGAAGGAAAAUUAUUGUUAAAAUUUGCCUUUUUAUUUUCAUUAUAUAUGUGAACAUGUAUUUGUAUAGAACAACACUAUUCUCUAGUAAUUGCAAUGUUUAAAUUAAACAUUAAAAUAGC